AAAAAAAAAAACUUAUAACAAUGGCUGUAGAAGCAAAAAGAUCCAAGUAUCGUUUUCAAAGUGAAAUUCAACAAAUGAUGUUUGUAUUUGGUGAAGUAGCUGAUCCUUUACAAGAAUCAACUUUGCUUGUAGAAGACAUUGUCCGUUCACAAGUCAUUGAAAUUAUUAUACAAGCUACAGCACAAGCGAGUCGACGAAGUUCAAGGUAUCUCAGCGCCGAAGACUUAAUUUUCUUGAUGCGUCACGAUCGUGCCAAGGUCAAUCGAUUGCGAUCCUUUUUAAGUUGGAAAGAUGUGCGUAAGAAUGCCAAAGAUGCCUCCGGUGAUCAAGUAGAAGAUGUAGUCGAAGAAACAAACACUGGCAAAUUGCAUCGAAGUAUCAUUAAAUUACCAUGGGAAUUAGCCAACCAAUUUUCGGACGUUAUUGUUAAAUCAAUGAACGGCGAUGAUGAGUCUGAGGAUGAAGACGAAUUAGAAGCUUACAACGAUUCGAUCCAACGCUUAAAAGACGCGGAUGAUGUAACACGAGCCAUGACACGCGAGGAAUACGUGCACUAUUCAGAAUGCCGACAAGCGUCCUUCACAUAUCGUAAAUCAAAAAGGUUCAGGGAAUGGGCCAACAUGAGUUCAUUUGUAGAAGUGAAACCGAAUGACGAUAUUGUGGAUAGUUUGGGAUUUCUAACCUAUGAAAUGGUUUCAAAAUUAACAAUGACGGCUAUUAAAAUCAAGCGUGAUUUAAUGGAGGCAGCUGGUAAGAAAGAGGAUGAACCUUCGGGUUUGGGUCACAAGCGAAAAAGAGAAGAUGAGGAAGAGGCAACCACCCCUUUGCCUGUGAUUGUCACGACAACUGCAGAGGGUGAUGUAGUAUCUCAGCAGCAGCAACAGCAACAGCAGCAGGAGGAUGGGUCAGGAUCAGAUGAGGAAGAACCUAAUGAGAUACCCGGCUCGCCCGAUUCGGACAGUAAUGGCUUAUUCUCGUUACCAAGUACGGAACAAACGCCUUUAUUACCUGAGCAUAUUUAUGAGGCUUUUAGAAGAUUACAACAAUUGCCUCAGCCAAUGAAGAACUUUCGUGGCGGUCUAGUGCGUACCAGGAUAUCCUUAAUCUAA